AUGAAGGGUCGAUUCACAGCAAACCCUUUCGAAGACCUGGCUCUUACACCACGAGAUGCCAAUAACCUCCUCGACAUCGUCAACACGAUCGUCCAUACCGGUUUUGAGCGAUAUGAGAACUUCUGGACUGUCGAGAAGGCCAAGGUCAAUACUGACAGCAAGUGGAAGCUUAUCAAGUCCAAGGAAAACAGUCACUUACCGUCUCUUCUCUGCGUCGGUGCCUCGUCGGGAACGCUCGACGAUGUCAUGCUUGGUGUAGUCAACCCAACACUUGAGAGUAUGCGUGUCAAGGCGUCAUACGUCAACGAUUUUAGUGCCGCUGCUGUGCUCGCUAACGUCGUAAUGCCUUCAAACGAGAACCCGUUCCGCUCCGUAGUGGUCAAGUGGAUGGAGCAGGACAUCCCGUUCCAGUCCACCGGUCUCGUCCAGAACCGUGACUACGUGUACGUCGAAGCUACCGGCGAGACGGAGACGUUCGACGGUGAACAAGUUGGCUUCCAUGUUCUCCACUCUGUCAACUUUCCACAAACUCCUAGUCUACCCAAUCGAGUUCGAGCCAAUAUGUCUAUCUGUGGGUUCUUCCGUCAAGUCCGACCGAACCUCGUGAGCGUGUACGUCACGGGCAUCAUGAAUCCUGUCGGCAACGAUCGUAUUCGUCGUCUCGUCGUCUCAAAUAUGGCUAACGCGUUCCUCUCAACGCUCAAAUAUGCUCAUUGUGGGCAGAUGAAGAAGUUAGCGUGGGCACUGGACUCUGCGUAUUCCAAGCUCAAGGUUUUUGGUACGCCAGGCCCAGAACGGAUUUGUGUGAGCUGUAGCAAGACCGUGUCGCGACGUGUUGGAGACUUUGGCAAAGGCGGAGAUACAUGCAAACUCUGCUUUGGACUGGUGUGUAGCACAUGCAGACUGCAGAGGAAAAUCAGCUUCGUGGGGUCGGACCUUCAACUAGCUCAACGGAAGGUCAACUUUUGUGCUGUGUGCUUGAAUGGGACAGUGAAGAACGACGCAUGCCAUGCCGCAAGAAAGCAGAUCCGUUCCGAUAUUCGUGCUUCCAAGGCCUCUCGAAAUAUGUCACUCUACUCGGACAUGAGCACGGUCACUUCAGAUGAACCUCCUGCUGAAGAACCGCCUCGAUUCUCGUACGGAUUCGUUAUUUUCUAA